AGGCAGCCGCCAUGGCGGACGAAGAGAAGAAAGCCAAGAAGAAGAAGAAGAAGGGCGAGCCCGAGAAGCCCAAGCGGAGCUUGAAGGGGACCUCCCGGCUGUUCAUGGGCUUCCGGGACCGCACCCCCAAGAUUUCCAAGAAGGGCCAGUUCCGCAGCGCCUCGGCCUUCUUCUGGGGGCUGCACACCGGCCCGCAGAAGACCAAGCGCAAGCGCAAGGCGCGCACCGUGCUGCAGUCCACGUCCAAGCUCAUGACGCAGAUGCGCGUGGGCAAGAAGAAGCGCGCCAUGCGGGGCAAGAAGCCGUCCUUCAUGGUCAUCCGCUUCCCCGGCCGCCGCGCCUACGGCCGCCUGAAGCCCCGCGCGCAGUCGCUCAGCAAGGCCUCCACCGCCAUCAACUGGCUCACCAAGCGCUUCCUCCUCAAGAAGGCGGAGGAGGCGGGCAGCGAGCAGGCCGUGCUGGACGCCUGGCUCAGCCGCCCGGGCUCGCGCGUGGGCUCCCGCAAGCUGCCCUUCCCCUCGGGCGCCGAGAUCCUGCGGCCCGGCGGCCGCCUGCGCAGGUUCCCGCGCAGCCACAGCAUCUACGAGUCCGGCGACCCCGUGGGCUUCCUGCCCUUCGAGGACGAGGCCCCGUUCCGGCACACGGGCUCCCGCCGCUCGCUGUACGGGCUGGAGGGCUUCCAGGACCUGGGCGAGUACUACGACUACCACCGCGAGGGCGACGCCUACUACGACCAGCGCUCGCUGUCCCAGUUCGAGGAGCGGGAGCCCGGCCUGGCGCCCUACGCGCCCUACGGCCCCUACCCCUACGGCGCCUACGGCCCCUACGACCCCUACAGCCCCUACAGCGCCUACGGCCCCUACAGCCCCGCCUGGCCGCCCUUCGGGGACCACACUCAGGCCUACCCGCCCGAGGGCCCCUACGACUACUACCCCCUGGACUACUACGGCGGCCCCUACCACCCCGCGGCCGCCUACGGCUACGGCUACGAGGACCACGAGCCCCCCUACGCCCCCCCGGGGGGGUACGCGUCUCCCUACGGCUACUACGACGCCGAGCCGUACCCGCAGAGCUACCUGGACCCCUUCGCCCCCUACGAUGCGCCGUACCCGCCCUAUGAAGCCCCCUACGGGGCGCCCUAUGAAGCCCCCUACGGGGCGCCCUAUGAGGCCCCCUAUGGCAUCCCCUACGCGGAAGGCUUCUACGGCGGCGGGGACCAGGCCAUCUACCCCCCCGAGGUGCCCUAUCUUUACCCGGAGGAGUCGGCCUUCGCAUACCCGUGGGUGCCGCCGCCCAUCCUGUCCCCCCACAACCCCUACGCCUACCCCAUGGAUGACAUCGCGGAGGAGCCGGAGGAGGCGCCCAGGGAGCGGCGGGAGACCUCCUUCCGCCUGCCCAGCGCCACCUUCUUCGAACAGCAAGGCAUGGACAAGCCCGCCAGGUCCAAGCUCUCCCUCAUCCGCAGGUUCCGCCUCUUCCCGCGGCCCCAGGUGAAGCUGUUCGGGAAGGAGAAGCUGGAGGUGCCGCUGCCGCCCUCCUUGGACAUCCCCCUGCCCUUGGGGGACGAGGAGGACGAGGAGGACGAGGAGGAGGUGCCCCCCGCGCGCGCCCGGCCCUACGCGCACCCGCUCUGGGGCUUCCUCACUCCGCGCCAGCGCAACCUGCAGCGGGCGCUGUCGGCCUUCGGCGCCCACCGCGCCCCCCGCGGCAUGGCCUUCGGCCCCGAGUUCGCGCCCCCGCGCCCGGCCACGUCGCUGGCGCGCUUCCUCAAGAAGACGCUGUCGGAAAAGAAGCCGGUCCCACGGCUCGGCGGCAGCCAGAAGGCCCGGCGUGGCGGCCCCGCCGUCCGGGAGGCGGCCUACAAGCGCUUCGGCUACAAGCUGGCGGGCAUGGACCCCGACCGGCCCAACACGCCCAUCAUGCUGCGCCGCGCCCACGACCGCGCGCGCCCCCCCGGCGCCCCGGCCCGCGCGCCCCCGCCCGCCGCCGCCCACUGGAGCGCGCUGCUCGCCCCGCCCGCGCCCCGCGCCCCCAGCCCCGCGCCCGCGCCCGCGCCCGCCUCGCCCUACGGCUCGCUCCGCCGCCACCCGCCGCCCUGGGCCGCGCCGGCGCACGUGCCGCUGCCCCCGCAGGCCGCCUGGUGGGCCUUCGCGGAGCCCCCGCCCGUGAGCCCCGACGUGCCCCUCGACCUGCUGGCCUUCCCUGGACCCCGGCCUUCGUUCCGGGGCUCACGGCGCGGGGCGACCUUCGGCUUCCCCGGGGCCUCUCCGCCGGCGUCGCGGAGGCAGGCCUGGCCCCCGCUGCCCUCUCCGCAGCCCUCGCUCCGGAGCCUGCCCGGCCUGGGCUACCGCUCCCCCCUGGGGCCCUUGUCCCCCCAGCUCUCCAUGCGGGCCUUCUCGCCCCUGCCCCGCCGCCCCCAGUCGCUGCGGGAGCCCCUGUCCCCGCGCCGCGUCUCCCGGCGGCCGGGCCCCCCGCAGCCGCCCUUCCCCUCCCCGCUGCUGGGCGCCCGCCGGCGUGGCUCGCUCAACCUGCCCUCGCGCUUCCCGCACACGUGGCGCCGCCUCAGCGAGCCGCCCACCCGCGCCGUGCAGCCCCGGGUGCGGCCGCCCUUCCGGAGGUCGCUGGGCCCGCGCUCGUGGCCCGCGGCAGUGGCUGCAGCCUCGGCCGCCGCGGAGCUCCAGGAGGGCCGGCAGGAGCCUGAGGACUCGGACGUGCCCUGGACGGUGCCCCCGCUGGUCCCCAGCUGGGACGUGGACGUGCCCCCGCCUCAGCGCCCUUCCUCGCCUUGGCCGGCCCGGGCAGGCAGCCGCCGCGGCUUCUCCAGGCCGCCGCCCAUACCCGAAAACCCCUUUCUGCAGCACCUCGGCCCUGGGCCGGCCCCGGACUCCCAGCUGGAAGACUCAGACCCUGCCAUGACUGAUGUCUUCCUGGGUAGACACCAUGAUCCCGGGCCUGGAGAGCUCACCAAAUCCGCCAGCCCCAGCCCUGAGAAGCCCAAAGAAGAGGCCUUCGCCGGGAGCCCUGGGCCACCAGCAGAGCCUGAGCCCCCAAGCCCAGAGCCCCCCAAGAGCUCUCCCCCAGAGCAGAAGGCGCUAAGGCUCAGCCUCUCCCACCCUCUGGCCGCUCGCGAUAGGAUGAGGGCCACGUGGCCGCCACGGCGCCGCUGGGGAACACUGCCCAGGGCCCCGGCCCCCUUGCAGCCCCCUGGUGUCCCAGGGCCCCCGCCCAGGGCAGCUGAGCGGCACCACGCAGGCCCCGGGCGUCUGGCUGUGGUCCUGCCUCAGGUGCAAAAACCGAGCUCUCCCCAGCGCCCUGGUCCUGCCACCCUGCGGCCCCCCACCCAGCCGGCCACGGACCCAGAACCCAGCCUCAAGCCCAGAGCCUGGAGUGUGCUCUGGUCCACGCUCUGGCUGCCAGCGAAGACCCACCCGCCCUGGCCACAAGUGCAUGCCUGCCCCCGUUCCUGCCGCCUGGGCCCCGAAGCUGCCGUUCUGCCCCACAGGGGCCCCUGGGAAGAGGUUAGCCUCAAACGCUGGCGGAACAAGAUGCACUCCAUCCGCAACCUGCCGUCCGCGCGGUUCCCGGAGCAGCAGCGGGAGGACGGUGUGGAGGACAUGACACAGCUGGAAGACCUCCAGGAGACCACCGUGCUGUCCAACCUCAAGACCAGAUUUGAACGGAACCUCAUUUACACCUACAUCGGCAGCAUCCUGGUGUCAGUGAACCCUUACCGGAUGUUCGGGAUCUACGGGCUGGAGCAGGUGCACCAGUACAGAGGGCGGGCCCUGGGAGAGAACCCCCCGCAUCUCUUUGCAAUCGCAAAUCUCGCCUUCGCCAAAAUGCUCGAUGCCAAACAGAACCAGUGCAUAAUUAUCAGUGGCGAGAGCGGCUCUGGGAAAACCGAGGCCACGAAGCUGAUCCUGCGCUACCUGGCCUCCGUGAACCAGAAGCAGGGCUUCCUGCAGCAGGUGAGCAUCCUGGAGGCCACACCCCUCCUGGAGUCCUUCGGAAACGCCAAAACUGUCAGGAAUGACAACUCCAGCCGCUUCGGGAAGUUUGUGGAGAUCUUUCUGGAAGGGGGCGGGAUCUCCGGUGCCAUAACCUCCCAGUACCUGCUCGAGAAGUCCAGGAUUGUGUUUCAGGCCAAAAACGAGAGGAACUACCACAUCUUCUACGAGCUGCUGGCUGGGCUGCCCGCCCCGCUGCGGCAGGCCUUCAGCCUGCAGGAGGCGGAGACCUACUACUACCUGAACCAGGGCGGGAACUGCGAGAUCGCGGGGAAGAGUGACGCGGACGACUUCCGCCGGCUGCUCGCCGCCAUGGAGGUGCUGGGCUUCAGCGGGGAGGACCAGGACAGCAUCUUUCGCAUCCUGGCCUCCAUCCUGCACCUGGGCAACGUCUACUUCGAGAAGUACGAGACAGACGCACAGGAGGUGGCCUCGGUGGUGAGCGCCCGGGAGAUCCAGGCCGUGGCCGAGCUGCUGCAGAUCUCCCCUGAGGGGCUGCAGAAGGCCAUCACCUUCAAAGUGACCGAGACCAUCCGAGAGAAGAUCUUCACCCCCCUGACUGUGGAGAGUGCCGUGGAUGCCAGGGAUGCCAUCGCCAAGGUCUUGUAUGCGCUGCUGUUCGGGUGGCUCAUCGCCAGGGUCAACGCGCUGGUCUCCCCGCCGCAGGAGGCACUGUCCAUCGCCAUCUUGGACAUCUAUGGCUUCGAGGACCUGAGCUUCAACAGCUUCGAGCAGCUGUGCAUCAACUACGCGAACGAGAACCUUCAGUACCUUUUCAACAAGAUCGUCUUCCAGGAGGAGCAGGAGGAGUACCUCCGCGAGCAGAUCGGCUGGCGGGAGGUCGCCUUCGCUGACAACCAGCCCUGCAUCAACCUCAUCUCCCUGAAGCCCUACGGCAUCCUGCGCAUCCUCGACGACCAGUGCUGCUUCCCCCAGGCCACAGACCACACGUUCCUGCAGAAGUGCCACUACCACCACGGCGCCAACCCUCUGUACUCCAAACCCAAGAUGCCGCUGCCCGAGUUCACCAUCAGGCACUACGCGGGCAAAGUCACCUACCAGGUGCACAAGUUCCUGGACAAGAACCACGACCAGGUGCGGCAGGACGUGCUGGACCUCUUCGUUCGGAGCCGGACGCGGGUGGUGGCACGCCUCUUCUCCAGCCACGCCCCCCAGGCCGCCCCUCAGCGCCUGGGCAAGAGCAGCUCCGUCACCCGCCUCCACAAGGCCCACACCGUGGCCGCCAAGUUCCAGCAGUCGCUCCUGGACCUGAUAGAAAAGAUGGAGAGGUGUAACCCCUUGUUCGUGCGCUGCCUGAAGCCCAAUCACAAGAAGGAGCCGGGCCUCUUUGAGGCGGACGUGGUGAUGGCCCAGCUGCGCUACUCGGGGGUGCUGGAGACCGUGCGCAUCCGCAAGGAGGGCUUCCCGGUGCGGCUGCCGUUCCAGGCCUUCGUCGACAGGUACCGCUGUCUGGUGGCCCUGGAGCACAACCUGCCAGCCAGCGGGGACAUGUGUGUGUCGGUGCUGAGCCGCCUGUGCACAGUCAUGCCAAACAUGUACCGCGUUGGCGUCAGCAAGCUCUUUCUCAAGGAGCACCUCCACCAGCUCUUGGAGAGCAUGCGGGAGCACGUCCGCAACCUGGCGGCCCUCACCCUGCAGCGCUGCCUGCGUGGCUUCUUCAUCCGGCGCCGCUUCCGCUCCCUGCGCCGCAAGAUCGUCCUGCUGCAGAGCCGGGCCCGGGGCUUCCUGGCCAGGCAGCGGUAUCAGCAGAUGAGGAGGAGUCUGGUGAAGUUCCGGUCCUUAGUGAACACAUACGUGAGCCACCGGCACCGCCUCAAGCUGAGGGCAGAGCGGAGGCUCCGGGUGGAGGAGGUGCGGCUGCGGGAGCAGGAGGAGCUGAGCAAGCGGGAGGUGGUAGCCGUGGGGCACCUGGAGGUGCCGGCAGAGCUGGCUGGGCUCCUGCGAGCGGCGGCAGGCCUCCGGCCAGCACAGACGCCCCGGGUGGCACCUGUCCGGACUCCCCGGCUCCAGGCUGAGCCCCGCGUCACGCUGCCCCUGGAUAUCAACAACUACCCCAUGGCCAAGUUUGUCCGGUGCCACUUCAAGGAGCCUGCCUUCGGGAUGCUGACAGUGCCCCUGAGGAUGCCCCUCACUGGGCUGCCAGCAGAGCACCACGCAGAAGCCGUGAGCAUCUUCAAGCUGGUCCUGCGUUUCAUGGGCGACCCCCACCUGCACGGCGCCCAGGAGCACGUCUUCGGGAACUACAUUGUGCAGAAAGGGCUGGCAGUGCCCGAGCUCCGGGACGAGAUCCUGGCUCAGCUGGCCAACCAGGUGUGGCGCAACACCAGGACCCACAAUGCCGAGCGGGGCUGGCUCUUGCUGGCUGCCUGCCUCAGUGGCUUUGCACCUUCCUCGCGCCUCAACAAGUACCUGCUCAAGUUUGUGUCUGACUACGGGCGGAGCGGCUUCCAGGCCGUGUGCCAGCACCGCCUCAUGCAGGCCAUGGGCCGGGCCCAGCAGCAGGGCCCCGGGGCUGCCCGCACCUUCCCCCCGACCCAGCUCGAGUGGACGGCAGCGCGGGAGAAGGCCAGCAUGGCUUUGGAUGUGGGCUGCUUCAACGGCGACCAGUUCUCCUGCCCGGUUCACUCCUGGAGCACGGGGGAGGAGCUCGCUGGAGACAUCCUGCGGCACAGGGGGCUGGCGGACGGCUGGCGGGGCUGGACGGUGGCCAUGAAGCACGGGGCCCAGUGGGCGGAGCUGGCUGGCCACGACUACGUGCUGGACCUGGUGUCGGACCUCGAGCUGCUCAGGGACUUCCCACGACAGAAGUCCUACUUCAUUGUGGGUGCAGAAGGGCCCGUGGCGGGCCGAGGAAGCCCGAGAGCGGUGUUUGGGAACAGCUGGGACUCAGAUGAGGACAUGCCCACAAAGCCUCAACCACAGGGGCACGUGGCGGACUCCAAUGGGUACUGCAGCCACAAUGAGGACAGUACAGAUGGGGAGACUGAGGCCCAGAGAGGCCUGGACAGCCCCGGAGAGCCUGCUGUGUCCCACAAGGGCCUGGACUGCUACCUGGACAGCCUCUUCGACCCCGUGCUGUCCGGGGAUGCGGACCUGGAGAAGCCGACGGCCAUUGCCUAUCGCAUGAAAGGGGGAGGCCAGCCUGGGGGCGGCGGCGGCGGCACCGAAGACACCCCCGAGAGACCCCCAGAGCCAAAGCCAAUCCCAGUCCUGGACGCCUCCACCUUGGCUCUGCAGCAAGCUUUCAUCCACAAGCAGGCCGUGCUGCUGGCCAGAGAGAUGACCCUGCAGGCCAUGGCCCUCCAGCAGCAGCCCCUGAGUCCCGCCCCAAGGCCCUUCCCCGCGGAGAAGCCCCCAGCCCCCGAGACACGGCCAACGCUCGUGGGCACCGGACCCCCGGCCAAGCCCGUGCUCCUGCGCUCCGCCCCGAAGCCCUCAACCCCCACCCUCCCGGCCAAGGCCCCCAGGCCCCCCACCAAGCCCGUGGCUGCCCCCAUUCUACCUCAGGACAGGUCUUCUCCAGAAACCACUCUGCCGGGCCCCGAGCUGGUCCGCUACUCCACGCUCAACUCGGAGCACUUCCCGCAGCCCACGCAACAGAUCAGGAACAUCGUCCGGCAGUACCAGCAGCCGCCGCAGGGCGGGCAGCCCAAGGCCCUCAGGAAGGACUGCGGGAGGGUGUUCGCCAAGCGGCCAGACCCCCACGAGGAAGCCCUGAUGAUCCUGAAAGGGCAGAUGAGCCACGCGGCGGCAGCACCUGGCACACAGGUGCCCAGGGAGGCUGUGGCCCUGGUGAAGCCAGUGACCAGCGCACCAAGGCCAUCCAUGCGACCUGCGCCAGCACUGCCCUCAAGGUCGCUGGAGCCAGCCGAGGACCCAGUGCAGACGCAGUUGCACCGCCUCCCCAACCCCAGUUUCUAUGGCUACCAGGACCCCCCCUGGCAGAUCUUCCUGCGCAAAGAGGUGUUUUACCCGAAGGACAGCUACAGCCACCCCGUGCAGCUGGACCUCCUGUUCCGGCAGAUCCUGCAUGACACGCAGUCCGAGGCCUGCCUGCGCAUCUCCGAGGACGAGAGGCUCAAGAUGAAGGCCCUGUUUGCCCAGAACCAGCUGGACACACAGAGGCCCCUGGUGACGGAGAGCGUGAAGCGGGCCGUGGUCAACACCGCACGCGACAGCUGGGAGGUCUACUUCUCCCGCCUCUUCCCGGCCACGGGCAGCGUGGGCACGGGCGUGCAGAUCCUCGCUGUGGCCCACACGGGCAUCAAGCUCCUGCAGAUGGCCAGGGGCAGCCGGGAGGCCAGCGGGCGGCUGCGUGUCCUGCGCACGUACAGCUUUGCGGACAUCCUGUUUGUGACCAUCCCCUCCCGGAACAUGCUGGAGUUCAACCUGGCCAGCGAGAAGGUCAUCCUCUUCUCAGCCCGCGCUCGGCAGGUCAAGACCCUGGUGGACGACUUCAUCCUGGAGCUGAAGAAGGACUCGGACUACGUAGUGGCCGUGAGGAACUUCCUGCCCGAGGACCCGGCGCUGCUGGCCUUCCACAAGGGCGACAUCAUCCACCUGCAGCCGCCGGAGCCGCCCCGCCUGGGCUACAGCGCCGGCUGUGUCGUCCGCAAAAAGGUGGUGUACCUGGAGGAGCUGCAGCGGAGAGGCCCUGACUUCGGCUGGAGGCUCGGCACCGUCCACGGGCGCGUGGGGCGCUUCCCCUCCGAGCUGGUGCAGCCCGUGGCCGCCCCCGACUUCCUGCAGCUGCCCGCGGAGCCCAGCCGGGGCCGUGCCGCCGCCGUGGCCGCCGCCGUGGGCGCCACGGCCGCCGCGUGGGAGGUGGGCCGCAGGAGAGAGGGUUCCCCCCUCAGGACCGGCCCGGCUGGUCCUGGGGAGGAUGGCCUGGCUCCCCCACCGCGCACAAUGCUGGCGUUCGCCCAGAAGUAUUUCCGAGACCCUCAGAGGAGACCCCAGGACGGCCUCAGGCUCAAAUCCAAGGAGGGCCGGGAGUCCAGAACCUUGGAGGACAUGCUCCGCUUCACCAAGAGCCCGCUCCAGGAAUCCCUCAUCGAGCUCAGCGACGCCGACCUCAGCAAGAUGGCCGCCGACAUGUUCCUAGCCGUGAUGCGGUUCAUGGGGGACGCCCCGCUGAAGGGCCAGCGCGAGCGGGAUGUGCUCUGCACCCUCCUGAAGCUGUGCACCGAGCAGGAGGCCCUGCGGGACGAGUGCUACUGCCAGGUGGUGAAGCAGCUCACAGACCGCGCCAGCAGCGAGCAGGACAGCUGCCUGCGGGGCUGGAGGCUGCUGUACAUCCUGACCGCCUAUCACAGCUGCUCGGAGGUCCUCCGGCCACCCCUCGUCCGCUUCCUCCAGGACGUGAGCCAGAGCCCAGGCCUGCCCUUCCAGGGAAUCGCCAAGGCCUGUGAGCAGAACCUGCAGAAAACCCUGCGCUGCGGCGGCCGCCUGGAGCUGCCCAGCAGCAUGGAGCUCCGGGCUCUGUUGGCGGGCCGCAGCUCCAAGAGGCAGCUCUUCUUCCUCCCGGGGGGCCUCGAACGCCAUCUCAAAAUCAAAACCUGCACCGUGGCCCUGGACGUGGUGAAGGAGAUCUGUGCGGAGAUGGCCUUGACCCGCCCCGAGGCCUUCGAUGAAUACGUCAUCUUCCUCGUCACCAGCCGAGGCCAGCACGUGUGCCCACUCAGCCGCUGCACCUACAUCCUGGACGUGGCCUCGGAGAUGGAGCAGGUGGACAGCAGCUACAUGCUCUGGUUCCGGCGUGUGCUCUGGGAUCAGCCACUGAAGUUUGAGAAUGAGCUAUACGUGACCAUGCACUAUAACCAGGUCCUGCCCGACUACCUGAAGGGCCUCUUCAGCAGCAUGCCAGCAGGCCAGCCCCGCGAGCAACAGCUGCAGCAGGUGUCCAAGCUGGCGUCCCUGCAGCACCGGGCCAAGGACCACUUCUACCUGCCCAGCAUACGGGAGGUCCAGCAGUACAUCCCGGCCCAGCUCUACCACUCCACGGCCGGCUCCACCUGGCUCAGCCUGGUCAGUCAGCACCGGCAGCAGACACAAGCGCUCAGCCCCCACCAGGCCCGCGCCCAGUUUCUGGGCCUCCUCAGCGCCUCACCCAUGUUUGGCUCCUCCUUCUUCUUCAUCCAGAGCUGCAGCAACCUUGCUGUGCCGGCCCCCAGCAUCCUUGCCGUCAACCAGAAUGGCCUCAACUUCCUCAGCACUGAGACCCACGAGCUGAUGGUGAAGUUCCCCCUGAAGGAGAUCCAGUCGACAUGGACCCAGCGGCCCACAGCCAGCUCCAGCUACCCCUACGUGGAGAUCGUGCUGGGGGACGUGGCAGCCCAGCGCACCAUGCAGCUGCAGCUGGAGCAGGGCCUGGAACUGUGUCGAGUGGUGGCUGUGCACGUGGAGAACCUGCUCAGUGCCCGGGAGAAGCAGCUCACGCUGCCCCCCAGUGAGAUCACGCUGCUCUGACCCGGCCUCCAGCCCUGCAACUGCACUCUGCCAGGAGGCUUGCUCUGUGGCCCGGGGGAGCUACCGGGUUUGCUGAGCUAAUGACCUCCACACGGACCAGAACCUGAGGGGAGACCAAAAUGGAGGAGGAGGAAUGACCCAAGUCCCCAGGAACCCAAGACCUAUCCAGAGUUGGGAUGGAGUCAAGACAUGCAAUCUUGACCCAGAACGCAGGAGGAACCCCCAAAGGCUGCCCACGAGCCUCCUGCCAAGUACACUGCAGGCCCUGGCCCUGACUCCCACCUGUGGCAGGGAAGCCCCAAACCAGUGGCCUGGAUGAACUGGACUUUGCCUUUAGUUUGAUGGGUCUGAUGUUCUGCUCCAAAGUCCAGAUCUGCUCCACUUCUCAACCUCUCACAUGUCCUCCUUGGGCCCCCGUACUGGCGUGCAACUUGGAUUCAUGACCCUUGGUUAUUUCAAUACAAAUAAAAGGUGCACCUGGCAGCUAGUCCUCCAUGGCUGCUGAGUGGCUGGAAAACAAAUCUGAGGGAGGAAGCAGGAGCUGGAGGCCUAGCUGUGCCCCUGACUCACUGCCUAUGAACAGAACUUCCAGCAGAGGUCUACCUCUACCUCUCCCUGUAGACCUCUGUGUCUCACUCCUUGGGUAACCCCAACCCUGGGCCCCAUCAUUGGAUGGGCCACAUAAGGUUCAAGAGAGUAGAGUGGAGAAAGAAAUUCCAUGUUAGGGGCUGGGGAGGGAGAAGUCUGAGAGCUUCCCAAGGAAUAGGACUUUGUUAUUGGGUUUUGAAGGCUGAGUAGGAGUUUGUUAGGACUAGAUGGAGCAGAGGGGAGUAAACGUUCCAGAGAAAAUGGUCUUUGUUCCCUACUAUAUUCUCCAGAGCCUACGACAAUGCCUAACACAAAUUAGGCACUU